UCAUCAGUGUCCGUCUCGAGGAAAUGACCCAAGGAGGGAGGAGCACGUGACUAGUUUUCCGGGAAGUGGCAAGGCAUAGUAAUGGUAGAUACCACGGAUGCGGUGCUCGGUCGGACGGCGUUUCUCGCAAUGGAUUCAGGAAUUGCCAGACCUUGGACGGAGGAUCUUUUUCUGGAAGAGGAGAAUGGGAAGCUAUGUAGCGAUGUAAUAUGCAACACCUUUGCUGUGAAGUACACCAAUGCAAAGCUUGAUGGCUUGAUUAAAUUCGACCCAGAUGAAGUAGCAGCAUAUCCUGGUGUUUUUUGCUAUAUAGGUGAAAGAAGACAUGUUCACGUCACUGGACAACGCAAAUACUUGGAUAAUGAAAGUGAAAAUGAAUGGUCUGUGAAGUUUGAAAAAUCUUUUGAGGAAAAAAGACUGUUACAUCAAUUCCCGAGCUUGAAAAAGUUGCAUCUUAAGGAAAGACACCUGCAACUUGGUGAACAAUCACUUUUUAACAAAGGGGAGGUUGAGAAGAAGCCAGAAAGACCAAAGCUUGUUCGAGGUGAAGUCAGAGGAAAGAUCAGACAGCUGCAAAAACACUCUGAAAUUGGCCAAGGAUUUGAUUUUUCGACUGCAUUACCCGCUGCGACAUCAUCAUCGGAUCAUCUCAGUUUUGAUUUUCGGCAGAGGCCACCAGCAUCAUCAUUAUGUGACUCCUCGGACAAAGAAUUAAAAACGAGCGGUGAUGUGAAAUUGAGAUCAUGCACUAGUCUUCUCUCUUCAAAUGAAUCCUUUCCUGAAUCGGACAUAACAAAAAAUUUGCCAUCGAAAGAGAAUAUAGAAAAUGACGCAAACGAUGCAGCAGUGGAGUCUGAGAUGCUGCCCAUGGAUGAUGAACUGAUCAUUGCACGGGAACCUCAAGUGAAUUUGGAUUUAUAUGAAGAGGAUGUCACAAGUAUAAUGUUGGCUCAGCUGAGCUUGAACGUCGGCUUAUCAUACGUUAGAAACCCUUAUAAAUUCGAUACCUGGUCACAAGCUUAUGCAGCAGACACAUUGAUAGGUGUAUGGGAUAAAUUCCUCAACUUUGUUGAUGUUUUCAGAGUGAAAACGGUGUGGCUAUGGUACUGGACUGAUCGUCGAUACUUCACUCGAUAUUCAUGGGGGUGUUGGCUAUUAUCAAGGCUACUGGAUGAGCAACUGCAGGCAUGGCUAUGGUUCUUUAAAACUAGUGUCAGGCUUGCAGUACAGAGGCUAUUGGUAUGUCGAUAAGCCACAUGGAUUUGGUUACUUGAUUUACCCCGAUGGUAGCGUUCUUAAAGGUCAUUUUGCAGGGGGACUUCAACAGGGAGGAUUUGAGUACCUUUCUGCUGAUGGAAAUGUGGAGCUACGCGACUAUCAUUCCGGGAACCUGAUCGCAUCAAGGAGAAUCCAGGCAGAGAAUAAUUGCAGCAAACAUGAAACUGUUGCUUGUAACAGAUCUGGCAACGAGGCGGAUGAUACCCCAAGUAGAAAUUUGCCGACUUCAGGGAGUCUCUCUAGCAACGGAGAAACCAAAGUGAAACCAAAGAAAAUUCGAAGUAUUGAGGAACUAAUAGAAAAAGCUGAAAAGAUGAUUGAGCCGGCUACAACAAGCAAUGAAGAUGAAUGCACGAAAUUGGAAGCAAGUUCGCCUUAUACCGAGAAAGAUGGUGAUGCUGUUUAUCAGGUGGACUACUGGAAUGCUGUUGAGCAUCUUGUUCAUAUUCUGUCCAGCGAAAAUCGGUUCUUCAUGAAGCAGCAACUCUCUUUGGUGAACAGUUGCUGUCAGGAAAUGCUGUUUGAGGCACAGAAAAGCCUCAGCGAAAUCACUGAAGUUGAAAAGAAUGACUCGCUUAUUAAGUCUUUGACUUCAGUUAACAAUGAGACUGUGGAAAUGCUCAAUACAAAGCUCGACAAAAUGGUCAGUCAGUCUGACGGAGUCUUGGAUUUGUGUCGCAGUUUGCUGGACCGGCAGGACCAGGUAGAUAAAAGAAUAUCUUCGCUUGAUGUGAAUGUAUCGGCAAUUAAUGUUGCUAAUGCAGACCAUGACCGUCUUAAAAAGCAGAUCAGCGAGUUGGAGGAAAAGGUAAGCAAAGCCGAAACCAAGAUCAGUUGUCAGAUUUGCCAUGAGAUGGAAAAAAAUUGUGUUUUGAUGCCAUGUAUGCAUAUGGAUGCAUGUCGUCUAUGCAUUGAAAAUAUUCGCAGACGGCAAGGUGGCUCAGCCAAAUGCCCUAUUUGUCGUGUAACUAUUCAGGGAGAAAUUAAUUUGAAGCACAUUUAA